UGAAUGGUCGGGACAAGUCACCUCAGAGCAUGGUUUGACGCAACACACAGUCUAGCUAAGAUGAACCAAUAGCUUGAUUCCGGUUCAUAUUGGAGGCCAGCUUAUGCAUAGUAAUGACCAGAGAUGCGCGUGUUAUCUGAAUCGUUGUGGUGGCCGAUAAAUCAGCGUUAUCCGUGUGUGCGAGGCGUUUUCUCUCAUCCGUGUGAUGGAAGAAGCGGCCUAAACUCUGCCACAAUAGUCGCCAGCUCAUCCCUGGAUACACAACCAUCUACAGAUCUGCCGAAAGGAAAACUAGUUAGCCGAGAUCGACAAAUGGCCAGCCUCAGCACGCAGGAGAUGCUGUACAGUCUUCUCAAACAAGAGAGUGUUCCCAAAUGUGCCGGAUGUGAGCAGUCAAUCCUAGACAGAUUUAUCCACAAAGUUCAAGAUCGUUCUUGGCACGCCAAGUGCCUCAAAUGCGUGGACUGCCAGAUGCAGCUGAACGAGCGUUGCUUCACGAGAGGAGGCCAAUUGUUCUGCAAAGAGGAUUUCUUCAAAAGGUAUGCAACAAGGUGCGCAGCUUGUGAUAAAAGCAUCGCGCCCAAGGAGAAAGUACGGCGAGCUCAAGACAAUGCCUACCAUCUUCAGUGUUUCGCCUGCGUCAUAUGCAACCGGAUGCUGGCCACGGGGGAUGAGUUCUAUCUCAUGAGCGACAACAAACUAGUGUGUAAAAACGACUUCGAAGUGGCAAGGAGUAAAGAAGUUGAGAUGGAUAAUUCCAACAAGCGUCCCCGGACAACUAUCACAGCCAAGCAGCUAGAGACCCUCAAGACAGCUUACACCAACAGCCCCAAGCCAGCCAGGCAUGUCCGGGAACAACUCGCUCAGGAAACCAGCUUGGACAUGCGAGUCGUACAAGUGUGGUUUCAAAACCGAAGAGCAAAGGAGAAACGGCUGAAGAAGGAUUCCAAUCGUCAACGUUGGGGGCAGUAUUUCCGAACUGUCAAAAGGGGAAAUGAGAACAGUAGUCCUGUUCUGAGUGGGCAGGAGUCUCUUGCAUCACCCAUCAAACUGGAAACGGGCGACGAUAAGCUGGACUUCGAAGAGUCAUCGGAAGUUAGCUCCGAAAGACCCUUGGGUUUCUCGAGUCACGACCAGAACACGUCCACGAAUGGUGCCCAGCCCGGCCACUCGACAAGUUUCCUCAACGCGCGGGAUAGCUACGGUUCGCCUCCUCCGCCGGUGACUGGGGCUCGCAAUGGGGUGUACUCCCUCAACCACUCCCCGAGCCUACCCGUCAGCCAGCCCAACAUGAUGCCCAACAUUCCGUACAGUGAUGCCGGCAUGCCGAGCCUGCUCAGCUCGGCUAGCCACGGCUUGGGGGAAGCCAUGAGGGUCAUGGUCAGUUCGGUGGCCGACCUCCAACAUGUACCAACGUCCGCUAGCUACGACGACUUUCCCAGCCAGCAUUCCUGGAUCGAACAAUCACAGUAUUGAUCAACCAAAAAAACUCACUGUACAGAUGCUACAUGAACGGCUUCAAUGUAGUGUGUAGGAAUAUGGUUCCAUGCAUCACAAGAAUCGACUAUUUUAAAAUAAAAGUUGGAAGUACCUCCAUUUAACAUUUCAGACAAUUCGAAGUACAAAAGGGUUCUAAACUAUUAAUUUUUGCGUGAAAUGCACAAACAGUUCUACUUUUAAGUACUGAUCAGUUUCCUCUGAGACUCGUAAUGAGAAAACUAGAGUAUUGUUGCAGUGAGACUCCCAUUGAAAACAAGAGAGUCCGAUUUCAACUAGGUCUAUUCUUUAUAACUUUGCACUUUGCGUCACCAGAAAUGUUGAAGUAAAAAGCAAGCUUUAUCAAUAAUUAGCGGAGUAGCAAAGUUUUUGUUGUAUAGACAGAGCUAAAUUACCUCAUAUCGGUGUCUCAGAUAAAAAUAUAUCAACUGGGCUGAUUUGAGCCCAGACAGAAGUGGAUCUAAGAUUUUCCAAAUGAGGGUGGGGUGGUUGGGUCGUGAAGUCCAAGAUUUUGGUGUUGAAGUCCAAGAUCCAAGGAUGAGGCGUUAUAGUCAACGCAUAAAAGACCAAAGGGAGAAAUAAUCAAGUUUGCAAAAUUGAGUACUGGCGUUGUUCAGGGAACUUAAGGAAUGUUUUUUUUCGAUGUGUAAAUGGUUGACAUUGGUCAGUCGAAGGAGUUAGCCAUCCCAACACCUCAUUGGAUUCGCUUUUGCCAGGGACAACCUAAACCCAACAAAAACGAAAUGUGUGGUUUUACAUUAUCUUUACUUUCCAUACAAAAAGAGUAGAUUUAUACAUUUUGUAUUCUGCUUCACAAUAGCUUAUAAUGUAUUCUUUAUCAUGUGACUUUUUCCGACUUGAAAUACCAACGUUCACAAAAUAUAACUCAAAGAAGAACUUCAAAGUUUUGGUGGAAAAACAGCCAAAUUUCAGUGAAUGAUCAACUGUUUGUGUGACAUGUGGUCACAUUAUACCGUUCAAAUGAUUUUCCAACUUCUUUGUUAAUAUAACGAGCCCUACAGCCUCAAUGGA